AUGUCAUCCACUCGAGUAUCAAUCACACUCACCUCUCCCUCUAGUGACUUGCUCAAACCAGUCAUAUCUGUCCUAGAAAGACAUAGUGGCUCAGAGUACUACGUCUACGAACGCAAAGACUGCUGGCAUAUUGGUCUCGGAUCCUACAGAUCAUUAAUAAUCGAUUCCAGAGGGGAGGACAUAACAAUCUCAGUAGCUGGAGAACCAAGCCACCACUGCCCAGUGAAGAAGCCACUACCUGAUAUAGCGAGAGAAUUCCUCCAUGAGUAUUGGAACCACACAACCAAAGUAUACGGACACGUUGGGUUCAACUAUGCAGCCCAUAUUCGGGGCCUGGGAUACACACCCGGCAAAUGGCCCUUACUAGCAUUGAUGAUACCUCGCAUGGAAGUACUCAUCGACCCAGGUAACAUUACAAUCACCGGGGAUGACACCAAGGAGGUCCUGGAACUAUGCGCUCUGCUGAAAGAGACAUGUCGAUGUCGCAACGCACCACUUCCCGGCGCUCAUGAUAUUCCACACGUUGACGUAAAUGAGAAUUCCAGCAAAUACAAAACCCUAGUGGAGAAAGCUCUAUCACAAAUCCAGCAGAACCACUACUCCAAGAUAAUCUUAUCUCGACCCGUCAACCUUCAACACCGAGUGGACAUGCCAUCAACACUCUACUGUGGUCGUCAAUCCAACACACCCUCUCGCAGCUUCUCCCUCCGCCAUGGCAACUACCAAGCCACUGGAUUCAGCCCCGAACUAGUCAUGUCUCUGGACAAAGGGGUAGUAACCACCGAGCCUCUAGCGGGUACACGCUCCUGCAAAGGCACAGAAGCCGAAAUCCAAAGACUCCGACGUGACCUAGAAACCGACAGCAAGGAGAUAGUCGAGCACGUCAUCUCAGUCAAAGAAGCCGUGCACGAAAUCAGCCAGCUCUCCGACAAGCCUAUGGUGGAGGACUUCAUGUCCGUACGGGUACGAGGCAGCGUACAACACCUCGGUUCUCGGGUCUGUGGACGUCUAUCCCCAGAUAAAGAUAUGUGGGAUGCGUUUAAUGUUCUUUUUCCAUCGAUUACUGCGUCGGGCAUUCCGAAACAGGCUGCUAUUGAUGCUAUUUCUCAUCUUGAGUCGCAGCCUAGAGAGCUGUAUUCGGGCGCUAUUUUGAUGAUCGAGGAUGAGAAUACCAUGGAAGCUGCACUUGUGCUUCGCUCUGUAUUCCAGGAUCGUGAUCGUCAUUGGAUUCAGGCUGGUGCUGGGGUUAUCGCGGAAUCGGAUCCAUCUAGAGAGCUGACUGAGACUUGUGAGAAACUUGCGAGUAUCGCGCCUUUUGUUGUGAGGGAGACCGUGGGAUUUAGAGGAUAG